AUUAUAAAUAGGUAGAUACGCCUCUGCUUCCUGUCAGACUACCAAGCUGAUCGCCAGCAGCACUGCAGCAGGCGCUCCCCUGUUCCGGCGUCGCCGUCUAAAGCUCUCUAUCUUCAAGGCGCUUCUGGGCUUUCUUUGGACAGCGGAACAUGGUAAGCUUAGCCUUGCAAGCUUAAGCGGGAAUGACCCAAAUCCUUCCAGCGCUCCGUCGGCGCUCCGAAGCAUAACGAGGUCCGUCGACAGAAACGGCCAUAGGUACGCGGAUGGCAAUGCUGGGUAUGAAAUGGUUCUUGCAAAGGAUCAGAAUCCUAAUCCAUCACGCAUUGCAACCCUCUCAAACAAGAUGGUGUCAUUUCCUAGCUUCAUCUCGGACAACGGGACCAUGACCAUAAGCACUCCGGUGAGGUUCGGCCCGUGGGGCGGCACCGGCGGCACCAUAUUCGACGACGGCAUAUUCACCGGCGUCCGGCAGAUCAACAUAACGAGGGGGCUGGGGAUAUCCUCCAUGAAGGUCCUCUACGACCGCAACGGGCAGGCCAUCUGGGGCGACAAGCGCGGCUCCAGCGGGGCCGCGAGGCCGGAGAAGAUCAUAUUCGACUUCCCGACGGAGAUCCUGACGCACGUCACCGGGUACUUCGGGCCGACGAUGAUCAUGGGCCCGACGGCGAUCAAGUCCAUCACCUUCCACACGACCAAGAAGAGCCACGGGCCGUUCGGGGACGAGACCGGCACCUUCUUCUCCAGCUGCCUGACGGAAGGGAGGAUCGUGGGGUUCCACGGCAGGGGCGCGUGGUACGUGGACAGCAUCGGGGUUCACGUCCUGGAAGGCAAGGUGCUGUCGGAGAAAUCCGCCGGCACGACCCCGUUGGGCGACAUGCUUGCACUGCCGAUGAGGGAGAUCGGGGACGAGGUUACGUACGGCGUGGUGAAAGAACCGAUACCGAUAGGGCCCGGGCCGUGGGGAGGGGAGGGGGGCAAGCCGUGGGACGACGGCGUCUACACGGGCAUCAAGCAGAUCUACGUAACCAGAGACGACUUCAUCGGGUCCAUACAGAUCGAGUAUGACCGGAGCGGGCAGUCCGUCUGGUCUACCAGGCACGGCAACGGCGGCCAGAUCACACACAGGAUCAAGCUGGACUAUCCACACGAGGUGCUGAACUGCAUAUACGGCUACUACAACACCUGCGUGGGGGAAGGGCCCAGGGUGCUGAGGUCCAUCACCGUCGUGAGCAGCCGGGGCAAGUACGGGCCGUUCGGCGACGAGGUCGGGACCUACUUCACCUCCGCCACGACGACGGGGAAGGUGGUCGGCUUCCACGGCCGGAGCGCCAUGUACCUGGACGCCAUCGGGGUGCACAUGCAGCACUGGCUGGGGGACAGGAACACCGCCACCGCCGCCAAACCUAAGGCCAGCUCCGUUCCCAAGAUCGCCGGCCCCAACCCCAAGACCGGCUCGGAUAACCCCAGGGCUGGCUCUACCACCAAGUACUACGUCUCCAAGUAUCUCUUUUGAUUUCGCUUCGCCUACCAUUUCAGUUUGCAGGAGAGUGCUUUUGCGGGGUUUUUUCUACCGGGGAAUCGUGGCGUGAAUGUGUGGUCUUUGUUACUGUAGUAUCUUGUAUCGAAGGCAGAGCUAUACAUCCGGUUGGGGUGUGUUACGGCAACCGGGGAUCAGAGUAUCAGAAUUCAGAGGACUAGUUAAAAGGAACAUCUCAUACUGUUUCAAACGAGCAUCAAGAUCAGAUGACAUGAUCAUGACAUAUGUAACCCGCAAACCUUCUCUUGCACUCCUGGGGGAUAAGUAGUGCAGUGACAUGAUCUUCCAUCCUUUGUCACAUAGUACA